AUGAGGAUGAAGUGUUUUGCUGUUGCUGUGCUGCUGGGUCUUCUCUCCCUGGGACGCUCUGCUCCGCUGAGCAGCUGUGAGAGUCUGCUGAAGCCCAUCCAAGUGACCACUGACCAGGUGUUGGGGAGGUGGUUGUACCUCGGGUCGAGCUCCAACGUGCCAGGCAGUCGCUCUGUUGCCCACCUGAUGACCAGCGUCUGGCUGGACGGCACCGCAGUUCCACAGAGCAACAUCCUCACUUUCAUCCAGAAUCAGAAAAUUUAUGGCCAGUGUUCAAGCCUAACUUACAAUGUGACUUUUGAAAACAGUGCAAUGAUAAUAGAGCAACCUUUCUAUCUGAAGGAUAUCUUCCUGGUGACUGACUGCCCCGACUGCCUGGUGGUCAAUGAAGAAGUUAUCUCUGGCAAAGACACCUUUAACAGCCUUUUGCUUUUUAGUAGGAGCAGAAGUGUGUCACCUCCUGUUUUGGAGAUGUUCAAGAGACAGGCUGAAUGUCUCAAGAUGCCAUCACCAAUAAUGCUGGACCCAAACUCUGCUGAGGGAAUCUGCUUGUUGUUGCAGAUGGUGGGCAAGUGGAUGUACAUAGCUGAGACCACGGGGUACCCACUGUCGGAGCUGCUAGGGGAAGCCCUCAUAAGGAGCAUCUGGAUGAACGUCAUGGCUGGCUCCCAAAACAACACCCUGAACAUCUACCAGGCUCAGAACAUGUAA